UUGAUCCCAUAUCUCAACUUUUGAUUUUAUCAUUCGUGUCUGGUUCCCAUUGGCUGUGCGCUUUCUUUCUGACCAAUUGACAGACUUUUCUACGGACGUAGGCGGCUAGUUAGCAUACGCAUCUAUAAAAUUUUCGCUAUUUAAGCCCGAAAUUUUGCACAAUUAAUCAUUAAGGGACACCUUCUUUGGCAGUCCCAAUUUGAUUUAUGUACAAGUCCUGCAUAUGAAUGGAGCUCCAAGAAGUCCUGCGGAUGAAUGGAGGCGAAGGCGAUACAAGCUACGCCAAGAAUUCAGCCUACAAUCAACUGGUUCUCGCCAAGGUGAAACCUGUCCUUGAACAAUGCGUACGGGAAUUGUUGCGGGCCAACUUGCCCAACAUCAACAAGUGCAUUAAAGUUGCGGAUUUGGGAUGCGCUUCUGGACCAAACACACUUUUAACAGUUCGGGACAUUGUCCAAAGUAUUGACAAAGUUGGCCAGGAAAAGAAGAAUGAAUUAGAACGUCCCACCAUUCAGAUUUUUCUGAAUGAUCUUUUCCCAAAUGAUUUCAAUUCGGUUUUCAAGUUGCUGCCAAGCUUCUACCGCAAACUUGAGAAAGAAAAUGGACGCAAAAUAGGAUCGUGCCUAAUAGGGGCAAUGCCCGGCUCUUUCUACAGCAGACUCUUCCCCGAGGAGUCCAUGCAUUUUUUACACUCUUGUUACUGUCUUCAAUGGUUAUCUCAGGUUCCUAGCGGUUUGGUGACUGAAUUGGGGAUCAGUACGAACAAAGGGAGCAUUUACUCUUCCAAAGCAAGUCGUCUGCCCGUCCAGAAGGCAUAUUUGGAUCAAUUUACGAAAGAUUUUACCACAUUUCUAAGGAUUCAUUCGGAAGAGUUGUUUUCACAUGGCCGAAUGCUCCUUACUUGCAUUUGUAAAGGAGUUGAAUUAGACGCCCGGAAUGCCAUAGACUUACUUGAGAUGGCAAUAAACGACUUGGUUGUUGAGGGACAUCUGGAGGAAGAAAAAUUGGAUAGUUUCAAUCUUCCAGUCUAUAUACCUUCAGCAGAAGAAGUAAAGUGCAUAGUUGAGGAGGAAGGUUCUUUUGAAAUUUUAUACCUGGAGACUUUUAAGGUCCUUUACGAUGCUGGCUUCUCUAUUGACGAUGAACAUAUUAAAGCAGAGUAUGUUGCAUCUUCCGUUAGAGCAGUUUACGAACCCAUCCUCGCAAGUCAUUUUGGAGAAGCUAUUAUACCUGACAUAUUCCACAGGUUUGCGAAGCAUGCAGCAAAGGUUCUCCCCUUGGGCAAAGGCUUCUAUAAUAAUCUUAUCAUUUCUCUCGCCAAAAAGCCAGAGAAGUCAGACGUGUAAAAGUUUGUUUUUGUGUUGGGGAAAGGAAUAAGUGCCGUUGGGGGUCUUUCGGGUAUUGUGCUUUUUAUAUUAUAUUGUUUUGUAUCCGUAAUAAAAGUGGUGUGUAAGAAUAAGAUAUUUGACAUAUAUUAUUUUCAUAUGUAUAUUGGUACA